GGCGGCAGUUGUGUGGAUCACAGAGAGACUCGGAGGGUCCGGCUCAGUUUUAAUUCGCCUCUAAUCUCCUCAACAGCGGCGCUGCCGGGUCCCGCGGCUCCUGCCCCGGCUCCAGCCACCGGGCGACCAUCCGAGCCGCCUCGGCUCCAUCAUCCAACCAUGGAAACCCUCCAAGAAAAAGUGGCUCCGGACGUGCGUGCCUAAGGAUUCCGCACAAAAGAGGUGCCCAAAAUGAAGACCCUGAUGCGCCAUGGUCUGGCAGUGUGUUUAGCGCUCACCACCAUGUGCACCAGCUUGUUGCUCGUGUACAGCAGCCUCGGCGGCCAGAAAGAGCGGCCGGCGCAGCAGCAACAGCCGCAACAGCCGCAGCAGCCGCAGCAGCAGCAGCAGGCGACAGCGACGGGCAGCGCGCAGCCGGCGGCGGAGAGCAGCCCCCAGCCGCGCCGCGCCGCCCCCGCAGGACCCCGGCCGCUGGACGGAUACCUCGGCGUGGCAGACCACAAGCCCUUGAAAAUGCACUGCACCGACUGCGCCCUGGUGACCAGCUCAGGGCACCUGCUACGUAGUCAGCAGGGCCCCCAGAUCGACCAGACAGAGUGUGUCAUCCGCAUGAACGACGCCCCCACCCGUGGCUAUGGGCGUGAUGUGGGCAACCGCACCAGCCUAAGGGUCAUCGCACACUCCAGCAUCCAGAGGAUCCUCCGUAACCGCCAUGACCUGCUCAAUGUGAGCCAGGGCACCGUGUUCAUCUUCUGGGGCCCCAGCAGCUACAUGCGGCGGGAUGGCAAGGGCCAGGUGUACAACAACCUGCAGCUCCUGAGUCAGGUGCUGCCACGGCUGAAGGCCUUCAUGAUCACACGCCACAAGAUGCUACAGUUUGAUGAACUCUUCAAGCAGGAGACUGGCAAAGACAGGAAGAUCUCCAACACGUGGCUCAGCACUGGCUGGUUCACCAUGACGAUCGCGCUGGAGCUCUGUGACAGGAUUGAUGUCUACGGCAUGGUGCCCCCAGACUUCUGCAGGGACCCUAACCACCCCUCAGUACCUUAUCAUUACUAUGAGCCUUUUGGACCUGAUGAAUGUACAAUGUACCUCUCCCAUGAGCGAGGACGCAAGGGCAGUCAUCACCGUUUCAUCACAGAGAAACGAGUGUUUAAGAACUGGGCACGGACAUUCAACAUUCACUUUUUUCAACCAGACUGGAAACCAGAAUCACCUGGUACAAAUCAUGCUGAAAAUAAGCCUGUAUUCUGAGGAAGGACUGCGCUAGACUGUAAUGCCAGAUACCCACAGUGUCAGGCACGAGGCCAGGGACUUCUUGAAGCACCAGGCAGGAAAGGGGAACUGAACUGGUGACAGAUAAGAGCCCCACCCCUCAGCACCCUGGACAACUGCCUGGCGGACCUGCAGCCCAUGUGGUGUGUGAAAACAUUCCAGAAUGAACUCAUCCUAAGGAGUGAUGUCUCUUGGAAAGGGAAGCUGAGCCCUUGAUUCAGUGACACUGCCAAGGCUGAGAACACUCCAGAAGCGCUGCCUUUGAAACUGAAACACUAGCAGCCCAGCGCCCUUGGCUGCGUUUCUUUGUAGUCAUACCAUGUCAAGACUCUUCUGUCGGGCUGUCCUCUGACCUGACCUGUAACCUUUGUCAUUUGAUGAAUCUGAUUUGUAAAAAGCCAGAAAGUACAGACACGACUUCUGAAGAGCACAUCUCCAAUGACCAUCAUGAAGCAAAUGUCUGCUAUUUAUUUAUUGAGAGUUUUUUAGUGUAUUCUAGGCCAGUAUUUUUAUAGAUUAUGAUUAUGUGGUAAUUUAUUCUUCCUGACUCUUUAAUCCUGAAUGGUGUUGGAAUGGUCUAGAACUGAGCUGGCAAGUUACUGCAUUCAUGACGCUCAUCAUUAGCAUGAAAUCGGUACAUGACUUGAAAAUCUUUUGUGGCAUUUUUUGAACCCUGGGCUUCAGGCAAAUUGCUCUUCCAUGAGAACAGCUAUAACAUUUUCUAAUGUACAUAAGUGUCCAAAAGAACAAAAAUCAAAAACCAAAAACUGUGUUAUUAAAACAAAAAGAUGCCAACGAGAGAAAUGUAAAGAUGCGAUAGUUUCUUUCAUAACAACUGAUAAAGUAACUUCUCUUCGGUUGCACUUUCCUCUUCUUCAGAAUGAUGCUGCACCAGAUGAUCUCUCGGCUUCUCGUGCAAAGCUAAGAUUGUGUGGUCCUCUAGCUGCCCAGCUGAGGUCUAGACAGGGCUAGAUCUGGAAUGACAGGCCUCCAAGAGCAGCAGGAACCUACAGUGGGCAUGGGGGUGGGUGUUACGGUUCAGAACUACGUACCUCUCUCUGGGGUUGAAAGCAUGUUUCCUCCUGGAUCUCUCUGGACUAACUCCAUUUCCUGUUUCUCUGGGGGGGGGGAGAGGAGAGAGAGAGAGAGGGAGAGAGAGAGAGAGAGAGAGGAGGGGAAGCGGGGGAGAUCUGAAUGUUCUCUGGCUUCAGGUGCUGAGAGCUGCCCUUUUUUGAGAGGACAUUCCCUGGCACACAACCUACUAUCCCAUAAACCAUUCAGACUCACUCACUGCCAAUCUUAGUCUGAAGGAAUAGAAAAGACUCAAGUUAUUCAAAGCCAAAAUGAACUAGUAUUAUAGAUUUUUCUUUUCAACAAGUAAU